UCAGAGGUAGAGGCUUGGUGCCUGGCCCGCACUCUUCCCAUGGAGGACAGAGGCUCAGCAGCCUUUGAAGAGGACCAGAGAUGCCUGUCUGGGAGCCUCCCGUUGCCAGCGCCACCGGAGGCCCCAGCUGCACAGACCAUCUCCAAGCCCAGCAAGUCAUUUUCCUGGGCGCACCGACACCUGAGCAGGAAGAACGGGCUUUCUAAACUCUGCCAGAGCAGGAUGGCGCUCUCCGAAGACAAGUGGAGCUCCUACUGUCUGUCAUCACUGGCUGCCCAAAAUAUUUGCACAAGCAAACUGCACUGUCCUGCGGCACUUGAACACCCCGACCCCGCCGGGUCCCGGGGCAGCGUGUCCUGCUGUUCCCUGCUGCGGGGCUUGUCUGCAGGGUGGUCUGCGCCUCUGCUUCCAGCCCCCGUGUGCAACCCUAACAAGGCUGUCUUCACCGUGGAUGCCAAGACCACAGAGAUCCUGGUUGCCAAUGACAAAGCUUGCAGGCUCCUGGGGUAUAGCGGCCACAGCCUGAUUGGCCAGAGGCUCACACAGUUCUUCCUGAAGUCGGAUUCCGACGUGGUCGAAGCCCUCAGCGAGGAGCACGUGGGGACUGAUGGCCGUGCUGCGGUAGUGUUCGGCACAGUGGUGGACAUCGUCAGCCGCAGUGGGGAGAAGAUUCCAGUCUCAGUGUGGAUGAAGAGGCUGCGGCAGGAGCACAGCCUGUGCUGCGUGGUGGUCCUGGAGCCUGUGGAGAGGGUCUCGGCCUGGGUUGAUUUCCAGAGCGACGGAACCAUCACAUCGUGUGACAGUCUCUUUGCUCAUCUCCACGGCUUCGCAUCUGGGGAGGACGUGGUUGGGCAGCACAUCACAGACCUGAUCCCUUCUCUGCAGCUCCCUCCUCCCGGCCAGCACAUCCCAAAGAACCUCAAGAUUCAACGGUCUGUUGGAAGAGCUAGGGACGGCACCACCUUCCCCCUGAGUUUGAAACUGAAAUCUAAAACCAGCAGCGAGGAGGCGGAUGCCGGCGAGGCUGUCCCUGAGCAGGGCUGUUCGGCGUCCGUGUGGGUGUUCUGCACCAUCAGCGGCCUCAUCACCCUCCUGCCUGACGGGACCAUCUACGGCAUCAACCACAGCUUUGCGCUGAUGCUGUUUGGUUACGGACAGUCCGAGCUCCUGGGCAAGAAUAUCACUUUCCUGAUUCCUGGUUUCUACCGCUGCAUGGACCUUGCCUACGACAGUUCUUUACAACUGCCGGACCCGGCCGGCUGCCUGGACGUCGGCAGUGGAAGGGGCCCUGGGGAGACGCCCUUAGACCCCUGGCAGGGCUGGAGCCCUGGUGGGGCCCAGAAUCCAAGGGUUAACAUUGUGCUUUCUGGAGACCACGUUCUGCCGCAAGAUGAGACCCUGAAGCUGAUGGGAAGCCAAGAAGUCUUCACCAGGACCCAGACCCUGCUGGGAACUGGAGGCCGGCCCCCUCCCUCCCUCUCGUCCCAGCCUCCUCCUAGGGUGGACACCAUUUCGGAAGGAAGCCCACCAGCCGCCGGUGAGCAGCCGUUCCCUGAGGACCAGCAGACCACUGCUUGGGGGAGAGAGGAACCUGCAGCGACAGAGAGCCUGAAACAGGAUCUUCCGGGAGAAAGCAGGUCUGCACUAGUGGAUGCAAAACUGCUUGCUUCCAGUGAAGCCUCUGAAACUCCAGUCCCAGCUGAGGACAGGAGCAGUGACGCAGGAGUGCGCGGCCUACGUCAGGAGGCUCAGCUAGAACUGGUGGGGCUCAGUGGUCCCAGCAGUGCCAACACCUGGACCCAUGCCCCGGCUGAGCACCAGGCCUUGGGGCAGCUGGCAGGGGGCGGCCUUCCCACGCACUGCCCUCGGCACGGGGGCGAGUGGGGCCUGCAGCGGCGUGGCAGGGACUCGGCUCCCAGCCCCUCGGAGGCAGCGUGUGUCUCGUUUGGGACUCCUACUGUGGAUGAGACGUGGCCAGGAGCAAAAAACGACCGAGAGGAGCUGCAGACUUGCUUAAUUAAGGAGCAGCUGUCCAAGUCGAGCUCUGCCGGAGCCCUGGGCAUCCCCUAUGUGGAGCUUGUCUCAGCAGAGCAGCCCCUGUUCACGGCCCCUGUGUCGUCCUGUGAUCUGGCAGGCAGAGAUCUGCAUGGCAGCCGCGCGGGCAGCUCCUCAGCCUGCUACGCCUUGGCCAUGGACCUCCCCGGCGUCCUGCAGGCAGCGGAGGCACAGGAGGCCGAUGUGAAUUCAUUUUCCUGGAACCUUAAGGAACUGUUUUUCAGCAACCAGACAGACCGAACGUCCUCGAAUUGUUCCUGUGCUACGUCUGAACUCGUAGGGACACCCUCUCCUUCGCUGGUGGGCUCUGAUUUAGACGUGGGCAGUCUCCAUGGGCAGAGAUCAGAUGCUCUAGAUGACAGAGAGCUGUUACUGCUGACUGGCACCUAUUUUGACUUUGGUGAAGGCCAGCGGUUCCGGGGCAGCUGCCUGGGGCAUGAUCGAACAGAACCGUCUGAGAUUGGCUUGGCGUCCUCUGAGCAUUGUGAAGCAAGUGACAGAGAAAGCCCAGACUGCAUCCCCCCCACGUCAGACGCCAGCCCCAGGGAUGCACACUCGUCAGCAGAGGAUCCGAGGCUGAACGUCCGGGUCACCUCCACGCCUGUGACACCCGGGGCUGCCGGCCUGCAGCGGGAGAUCCAGGAGGGCACCUACUCAGGGAGCUGCUACCAUCGCGAUGGCCUGCAGCUGAGUAUACAGUUCGAGGUGAAGCGGGUGGAGCUCCAAGGCCCCGUGCCCCUGUUCUGCUGCUGGCUGGUGAAGGACCUCCUCCACAGCCACCGGGACUCGGCCACCAGGACCCGCCUGCUCCUUGCCAGCCUGCCCAGCUCUGCCCACUCCGUGUCCGAGCUCCCUGGAUCCGGCCUGGGGGAAAUGCUCAGAGCCAAGCCCUGGUUUGAGGAGUCCCCCCGGGCUGUGGAGCCGGAGGGGCUGGCGGCCUGCGAGGGAGCAUUUUCCUGCAAGUACAGCACCCUGAGCCCGCUCGGCAGCGGGGCCUUCGGCUUCGUGUGGACCGCGGUGGAUAAGGAGGAGAACAAGCAGGUGGUGGUGAAGUUUAUUAAGAAGGAGAAGGUUUUGGAGGAUUGUUGGAUUGAGGAUCCCAAACUUGGAAAAGUUACUUUAGAGAUCGCAAUUCUCUCCAGGGUGGAGCAUGCCAAUAUCAUCAAGGUCUUGGAUGUAUUUGAAAACCAAGGGUUCUUCCAGCUGGUGAUGGAGAAGCACGGCUCCGGCCUGGACCUCUUCGCUUUCAUCGACCGCCAUCCCAGGCUGGACGAGCCCCUGGCGAGCUACAUCUUCCGACAACUGGUGUCGGCCGUGGGCUACCUGCGCUCGAGGAACAUCCUCCACCGCGACAUCAAGGACGAGAACAUCGUCAUCGCCGAGGACUUCACCAUUAAGCUGAUAGACUUCGGCUCGGCCGCCUACCUGGAAAGGGGCAAGUUAUUCUACACUUUCUGUGGGACGAUCGAGUACUGCGCGCCGGAAGUCCUCCUGGGGAACCCCUACCGAGGGCCAGAGCUGGAGAUGUGGUCUCUGGGAGUCACGCUGUACACCCUGAUCUUUGAGGAGAACCCCUUCUGCGAGCUGGAGGAGACUGUGGAGGCUGCGAUCCACCCGCCGUACCUGGUGUCUGCAGAGCUCAUGAGCCUGGUGUCUGGGCUGCUCCAGCCAGCCCCUGAGCAGCGCACCACCUUGGAGAAGCUGGCAACAGACCCGUGGGUGACACAGCCCGUGAACCUCGCUGACUACACGUGGGAAGAGGUGUGUCGAGUAAACAAGCCAGAGAGCGGAGCUCUGUCCAUUGCCAGUCUGGAGACGGCGGGCAGGAGUCUGAGUGGAGCGGCACAGGAGCUCUGGGGAGGUCCCUGCCCCACAGCAGGCUCUGGCGGCCAGUGCCGUUUGCGUCCCGGGGACCCCUCUCAGCUGAGCGGCUGAACACUGGCUUCCUGCUCUUUUCUACUCAGGAAAAUCUGUGGUUUUCAGGCCCCAUCCAUUUGGAGAAGGUGAA